AUGGCGGCAAUGACCGUCAUGGCAACUACAGACAUGAAUAGGACAGCACAAGAUGCAGCUGCACCAGUUGUAGAUGAGAAACCAGAACGCGUCCCUCUGGUCGAACUUAAGAAUGGAAAGCUAGCGGUGAAGCAAAAAGCUCUCUCAUUCGAGAAGAUGUCCGAGACUAUGCAAGAAAUUGUACAGCUCAGAGAAAUGCUCGAGGGAAGGAUGGAAUGCAAGGCGCCACCACUAACUACGAUCCCUGACGACCACCGACCCUUGAUUGCCAAAUUGACACAGGAGAGCGAAAAGACCCUUACUGCGCUCUCAAAACACAUUCAACAGGAGCUGUUGCCAGCUCAAGACGAGGACGAUGAAGAAGCAUGCAGGGAGAUUCAAUCCGCGUUACCAUUAGACGUCAUCGAGAACUCCGUCAAAGCGACUGCGGUACGGACGAACUACGGAUUGGAUGCUGCGCGGAUACCCAACGCCCCUACGGGUGCAAAGAUACCAGUGGCGUGGCAGAUCUGGCGGUGGGAGGUGAAAGAAGAGUUUCGGGAAUGGCUUCCUAAACAGUCUCGAGAGAAAGCACUGUUAAGGCUUUUUGAACGGAAGCAGAUCAUGGAGGACGUCCUCACUUUGUUCCAAAGCCUACCAGAACCUGAUCAGCUGUCUAUUCUCUCCGGGAACGCCAAGAUCUCGACAAGUACCGCGAAAGUGCCACCGACGGUGGGGAAGCCCCCUGCGUCUGUCCUCCCUGAGGACAAUGAGCUGCCGCGAUCAGCGCCGGCGGCUCUGCCGGCUGAGCUAGGCGCAUCGUCAGGUUCGCUGAAGGGAAAUUUUGACGAAAAUGGCGAUGAAAGCGCAAAGCAGCAGUCAGAAGAUCCAGACUCGCCUGCGAAGGCUGGAAAAGGGCGGCCAAAAAAGCCCGUUGACCCAGAGAAAGCUGCUAAGGCACGUGAGAAAGAGCGACUUGAGCGGAAGCUCGCGAAGGCUGAGAAGGAGAAAAAGGCUCAGGAAGCCCAUAGCCGGUCUCAAAGCCUUCUGGCCACCUUCUUCGGCAAACCCAAGGCCUCAGCUGCCAGCUCCUCUGCCUUGUCGAGUAAUGCCAGCUCAACAUCAGCAGGGGCUAAGGAACAGUCUAAGGUCAUUUCGGAAUUUGAGAAGGCAUUCAAGCCGUUCUUGCUGAAGAAGGACGCGACGCUUGCACCGAUAAACUGGUUUGCGGAAGUGCAGGCAGGAAAGACGUUCAAGGGAAAGGAGAAGGAGAGCGGGGUUAUCAUCAUCGAUGACGACGAGGAUGAGCGCGAGUGUAAGGCAGAGAAGCCGAGGGCGCAAGAGGACGAGGAUGUGCAGAUGGUCGAUGCGUCAGAGUGGGAAGGCCGCUAUCAGGAUCUGGGCCAGAAGACAGCGGAAGAACGCCUGAGAGACUCGUUACGUUCCUUGCACCCCCACCUCCGGCCUCCGGCGCUGCCUUACCCCCCUCGGCGACAUCCGACCCUCAAGUCGUACCACCCCUACGUCGUGCGCACAAUCAUGCAAAACCUCACUGAAGCCGAGGUGACAGGCGAGGAUGAUGCGGCGGUGCGCAAGCCGCUGGCUCUGCUACGUGACCGCGCAAAGAUCCCUGCGAAGGUGCUCAUCUUCCACGAAGACUCCCGCCCGGGAUACUUUGGCACCUGGACACGCAACUCGCGCGAGGUCGGGCCGCGUCGGCCAUUCGGGAAAGAUGUGGUAAGCAUCGACUACUCCGUCGACAGUGAGGCGGAAUGGGAGGAUGACGAAGAAGGUGACGUCCUGGAGGACGCGGGCGACGAAGACGACGAAGACGCUGGCGCGGCGGAAGAUGCGGACUCGGACCUAGAGAGCUGGCUUGUUGAUGAUGAUGAACUUGUCGAGCCCGGUACGCCCAUAGACGAGCGACUCGGCAGUCCCGACUUCCCGCCGCUCCCCGCGCCGAGCAAGCGCAAGAGUAAAGAAGGUGAAGAGAAGAAAAGCAAGAAACGGCGCGUCGUAGAGCCGCUAGUUCCGUUUGAGAAGGGCCCAUGCUGGGAGGACACCCUUGGUGAAUGCACAUGGGAGCCUUUCAAGGCAAUGCGGAUACAUUUUCUUAACGACACACCAGUCCCCAUCGAUCCUUUCAAGUUCGUCGCGCCUCCCGUCGAGCAUGUCCCAGCAGGCAAAACUACAACACAACCGUCCCAGUCCGUCAAUUUUGCCGUCCCUGCACUGCCUGCGCAUGUGGCCUCCGCGUCCUCCGCCUUAGGCAGCCUCUCCAUUGAGCAGGCCAAGCGCCCCAUGGCGGCUCCAAAGACGGCGUUCCCAGAGGCAUCGGUGCCAGUGCUGCUUGCAAAGAUCAAAGAACUCAACACGGGCAGCCUGGCCGUGAUUGUUGAGGGUGUGUAUAAGGAGUUGAAUGCGCUUGUGAAAAAGAAUGCGAUCGAAGCCAAAGUUCGAGAGAUCGGUGAGAAGAGCAGGGAACCUGGUGCUGGGAAAGUGUGGGUCGUCAGGUCCGAGGUCACGGCAUUGUACGGUUUGGCGUGAGGAGAGACUGCGGUGCCGUCGGUUUGAUUACGUUUGCAUGGACUCUAGGUUCCUCGCGGCAUGCUAGCCGUCAUUGCAUAUAUUCUACAGAUCUUAUUUGGCUCUCGGAUCUGCUGCUCGACUGUAUAUACCCUUAGCACGCUUUCAGAUCAGCGUGCCAAUCUCAUGUAGUCACCUAACGCAUGUGCUCGGCCAGGUUCAGAAAAUGAGAAUAUUGCUAGUGUACAUUCGGCAUGCAGGAAGGGAUAUUAGUAAUAAAUAGAGUAUAUCCUCAGCCUAAGGGGCGGAGAUCAUGAUGAGGCAAGCUUCCAAGCGAAGUUGGCGUAGUCUGCGUCAGAAAGCGUUGGGUCGUUGAAAGAGAGAACGUGUAUGUCGCCGGAUCGUGCACCU